AUGGAGCCCGCCACGGCCUCCGCCUCUGCGUGGCUCACGGUGCUGGGCCUCAGUGGCGAGGCGGUGGUGGGCGCUGAGCAGAGGCCCUUGGUGCAGAUCCCAAUGGAGCCCAGCCACAGCGUGAAGCAGAUCAAGGGCUGGAUCGGAUCUAAGGAUCCAGAGCUCUUUGCGCUGAUGUAUGAUGGCCGAAAGCUGAGGGACAAGGAGACCUGUUCCAGCCUGGGCUGGAAAGACGAGGUAACACUUUACUUGGUGGUGCAAUGCUGCGACUUUGCAGAUCAAAUUGCCCCGCGGCGCCGCAUCGUGUCCAAGGAGGAGUACACCAGGAGAACCACACCUCGGAAGUGGCUGAACUUCAUCGUUUAUGCGCCCAGGCCAUACCUCUUCUUGGGGAACUACGUGAACCGCGGCAUCCAGGGCAGCGAUGUCUUGGUGACGCUCAUGGCCUACAAGUGCCAGUUUCCGGAGAAGCUUUACAUGCUACGGGGCCGCCACGACUGUCGCCAGAUUGCCCGCAUGUCGGAGUUCUAUGAGGAGGUCUGUCGCCUUUACAGCCGAAAACUCUGGAGGUCAUUUAUCGAUGUCUUGAACCAUUUACCCCUUUGCGCUCGGGUCAACGGGCGCGUUUUCUGUGUUUCCGGUGGCAUCUCGCCGGAGUUGCGACACUUGGAACAGAUCAACGAGUUGCAUCGACCGCUGGAGGUGCCAGAGGAAGGGUUGCUAACUGACCUGCUGUGGUCCGAUCCUACGGACUGCCAGGGCUGGGGGCCCAGCGACCGGGGGUUGUCCUACACUUUUGGCCAGGAUGUUUUCGAGGAAUUUUGUGAAACAAAUCAUAUUGAGCUCAUGGUGCGUGGGAUGCAACUCUCUCAGCAUGGUUAUGAGUAUUUCUUCCAACAGCGGCUGGUGAACGUUUUCACAUGCGCUAAUUACAUGGGUGAGUGGGACAACCGGGCAGCAGUGAUGCUGUUGGAUGAGGACUUGCAACACAAAUUCUGGGUGCUGCCCUGA